AUGGGCUGGACUAUGACUCUAAAAGAUGACUUUGGGGUCAUUGCCUGCACACGUCGAGCGGGGAACUACCUCAGCCUCUUCCUCCUCUUGUCUCUCUUUUCCUUUUCAGUCCAGUCAGACAUCGUGUUUCCCAAGGACCAUCACUUCUCCUGGAAAGCAGGCCAGUGGGGCCACUGUAUCGGGGAGGACUGUGGCUCUGGCGGGGUUCAGACGAGGACGAUAUGGUGCGUCCACAUGGAGGGCUGGACUACCCACCACACCCACUGCCAGCACAUGGACAAGCCAGAAAGCCAGCGACACUGCUUUAAGGUGUGCGACUGGCACCAGGAUCUCUUUGAGUGGGAGGUGUCGGACUGGGGGGGCUGUGUUCUCGCCCCUUUCUUUGCCAACGAGUUCACGCUGAGGACGGCCGAGUGCAUUACAGCACAGCAUGGCGUCCAGAGGCGUAAAGUCCACUGUGUACGCACUUCAAACCGGACCACAGUCACCUCGCGGAUAUGUGAGUUCUUUUCCCAGAAACCACCUGUGGAGCAGGCGUGUCUCAUCCCCUGCCCCCAGGACUGUGUAGUUUCAGCCUUCACCUCCUGGUCAAGUUGCAGCAAAUCCUGCGGAGCUGGCCUGCAGCACCGGACUCGAGAUGUCCUGACCACACCAAUGUACGGAGGUGCAAACUGCCCCAACCUGACAGAGACCAGGACUUGCUCUAACCCUGUCGACUGCACUGCUGGGGAGGGCGAGUACCAGUACAGCCUUAAAGUAGGGGCCUGGAGUGAGUGCAGGCUUCCCCAUCACAAGGAUGUCCUGUUAAGUGGUAGGACCACCGUGGACUUCAGCACCAGCUCCAAUGAGAACAACACGGUCACAUUGCACACACAGGCCUCUCAACACCACUCCCACCACCACCAUCACCACCACCACCAUCCUCAUGUGCACAACUACCCCAUGUCAUGGGAACUGGAGGUGGGAUACCAGACAAGGCAAGUCCGCUGCACACGGACCGACGGCAAGAAUGCAAUGCUGAGUCUCUGUACCAAGGACAACUCCCCCUUGACCUUCCAGGCGUGUGUGAUGCCCAAAGACUGUCAGACAUCUGACUGGUCGUCGUGGAGUCCAUGCUCUAAGACCUGCCGGUCCACCGACCUGUCUCCUGGUUACCGCGUCCGGUCCCGGAUCAUGACCCGGAUCCCAGUCCGAGGGGGCAAACGAUGUCCCGCCCUUGAGGAAAAAGAAGCUUGCAACAUCAUAGGAGAUUUACUUCCAAGCUGCCCCAGGUACAUGUGGAGGACCACUGACUGGGGAGAAUGUCGCAUCCUUCCUCUACUGAGCCAGCAGGACCGGCGGCUAGCUAACAUCAGUAUUCUGUGUGGAGGGGGGAUCCAGACCAGGAAGACCUACUGUGUUCAAGUCCCUGAUGACUCAGCACCACAUCACAGGAAAGAGGUGUCCAGGCCUGUGAAUGCCAGGCUGUGCGCGAGUGAAGAGCCCCCCUCGGCCGUCCAGCGCUGCUCCAUCCCUUGCCAGCACCGCUGCCUGCUCUCCCAGUGGUCACCCUGGGGUGCCUGUCUACACGACAACUGCAAAGAACCACAGGGGAAGAAAGGUUUCAGACACAGGAGGAGGGAGGUACUGUGGGAGUCUAGCGGUCCUCCGGAGACCUGCCCUCACCUGGUGGAGUCCGUCCCGUGUGAGGAUCCCGCCUGCUACCUGUGGCAGGUCCAACAAGAAGAAAGAUGCAUCCCCACUAAAAGCCCCUGUGGUCCUGGAACUGCCGUCCAGAAUGUGACCUGUGUCAGCGCUGAAGGGGAAGAUGUGCCUUCUUCUCGCUGUGAGGUCGAGCCUCCCGCAGCAGAAGUGGCCUGCGAGGUGGCCUGUUCUGCAGACUGUGUGGUCGGCUCCUGGUCUUCCUGGUCACCCUGCUCACAUAGCUGUGCCACCAAGAAUGCGGAGGGCCGGCAGAGCCGCACUCGCACAGUGUUGGCCCUCCCGGGGAAAGAAGGGAAGGAGUGUCCCGCUGCUCCAGCCCUGGAGGAGUGGAGAGUCUGCAAUGACCACCCUUGUAUGGUGUUCUACUGGGAGGCCUCAGCCUGGGGGCCCUGUAUUGAGGAUGCCUCCAUGGGAAUCAAUGGAACCGGCUUCUGGAAUGGGACCCCAACCUGUGCUGUGGGUGUACAGAUCCGUAAGGUCGGCUGCGUGAAGAUGAACGUGGGGGCUGUCAUGAGCAAAAGGUGUUCGGAUUCUGCUCGUCCAGAAACCGUCCGACCCUGCUUGCUGCCCUGCAAGAAAGACUGCAUUGUGACACCCUUCAGUGAAUGGACAGCCUGCCCAUCAACCUGUAGGCCAGAUAACGCCACUGCCGCCACACAGUCUCGAUACAGGAUCAUCAUCCAGAGGUCUGCUAACGGAGGUCAAGAGUGUCCUGACACACUGUAUGAAGAGAGAGAGUGUGACUCACUUCCUGUAUGUCCACUGUAUAGGUGGAAGACACACAAGUGGCACAGCUGCGUUCUGGUUCCAGACUCUGUUCGACGUGGAUUAUCUGGACCGGGAGAGGCCUGUGGAAAUGGCUUAGAAACAAGAGGAGUCAGUUGUGUUGAGGAGAACGGCGACUUGGCCAACAUGACUGAGUGCCUGCGGUGGGCUGGCCCCUCGCCUCCUCAGAUCAGAGAGUGCCGGGUGGCUUGCAGGGACGACUGCACACUAACUGCGUGGUCCAAGUUCUCUGAAUGCGCUGGAUGUGGCGGCUCCAGCGGUCGGAAGCGCUCGCUCGCAGGUCGCAGCAAAAAGAAGGAGCAUUGCCUGAAUGAGAAGUUGUACCCGCUGGAGGAGACAGAGACGUGUCCCUGUGAUGAGUUUCUGUCCCAGCCCUAUGGGAACUGGUCCGCUUGCAUCCUCCCUGAUCCUUCAGCUCCGGGUUCCCUGAAGGGCUGGAUGAGCCACCGGGAGGUAAAGGAGUGUGGCCACGGCGUGCGCUACAGAGCUGUGGCCUGCGUCGACCAGCAGGGACACCUGGUUGACCCCACCCUCUGCACAGACUCAGGCUACAUGGUGGAGGUUUGCCACGUCCCUUGCCCCCUGGACUGUAAGCUCAGUGACUGGUCAGCCUGGUCAGCCUGCAGUGCAUCGUGCAGCAGCGGGUUAAAGAUCAGGUCCAAGUGGCUCAGGGAGAAAGCAUUCAACGGGGGGCGCCCGUGUCCCAGGCUGGAUUUGAAAAACCAGGCUCAGGUGUACGAGGCUGUGCUGUGCCACAGCGAAUGCAGCCAGUACGAGUGGAGGACCGAGCCCUGGUCCAUUUGUACCAUCAACACUGUGGACGACCUGCCAGCCUGCGGGGAGGGAGUCCAGAGCCGCAAGAUCAGGUGUGUGAAGAAGGGAACAACGAGUUGGGAGGCCACCAGAGUGGAGGACAGUCUGUGUGAUCAGGAGGAAAUGCCACCCAGGGCCCAGGUCUGCUCUCUGGCCUGCCCCAGCGACUGUGUCGCGGCACCCUGGGGACCGUGGAGCAACUGUCCUCUGCAGUGUGACCAAGGAACAGCAAGGAACAGGAGCAGACACAUCCUCCGCCUCCCAGCAUCGAAAAACUCGACCUGUCCCGAGCUGGUCCAGUCAGAGCCCUGCGUCCUCAACAGCACCUGCUUCACCUACCAGCACAGAGUCUCAGACUGGAGUACAUGCCAGCUGAGGGAAAAUGCCAUCUGUGGUCAGGGUUCACGGCAGCGUCUCCUGGACUGUAUUCGCAGCGAUGGCAAGAUAGUGGAGUUGCAGACUUGCGAGCAGUUCGGUCUGAUCAACAAGUGGAGGCUGGCAGAGAGCUGCGUGGUCGACUGCCCUGUCAGCUGCAUGCUCUCCGAUUGGUCGCCGUGGGCGGAGUGCUCGCACACCUGUGGCAGCCAAGGUCAGUCUGUGCGAACCCGCAGAAUCCUGCAGGAGGCUCACGAGGAGGGUCGGCCGUGUCCCAACCAGCUCCUUCAGACCAAGCCGUGUCCCAUAAGGCCUUGCUAUACGUGGCUGCUGAGUGACUGGUCACCAUGCACUGUGGAGGGUGCAGAGUGUGGCGAGGGGCUUCGGAGACGGAACCUGUCCUGCGUGGUCCACUGGGGCGACAGACCUGAGUCUCCUCCUCAGCCGGUGGAGGAGGAGCUUUGUGGAGACAAACUGAGGCGGUGGAUCCGGCAGGAGAUGGAGCAGCCAUGUUUCGUUCCCUGCCCAGGAGACUGCCAUUUGACUGUGUGGUCAUCUUGGAGCUCUUGCCAGCUGACCUGCCUGGAGGGGCGCAGCUUUGAGACCACCGGGCGCCAAGCUCGCUCCAGAGCUGUGAUCAUUCAGGUCAUGGAGAACCAGGGCAGCUGCCCACACCAAGUCUUUGAGACCCAGCCCUGUAAAGGAGGAAAAUGCCACAGCUACCAGUGGAGGACGGGAGGAUGGAGCAACAAUGAGAGAGCAGUGUGGUGCCAGCGCUCGGAUGGCGUCAAUGUCACAGGGGGGUGUUUCCCACAGAAAAGGCCGGCCAUGGUCAGACACUGCCAUCCUCCGUGCACUAAACCCUUCUCACACUGCACACCGAGCGGAGUGUGUGGGUGUGAGAAGGGUUACACUGAAGUGAUGACCACGCACGGCUUCUUAGACUACUGCACCAGAACCCCGGGGGUGGACAACAACAAGAAAGCCGAUGUGAAAACCAGCUCUGGAAGAUUAAAACCCGGGCCGUCUCAGGCCCAGGACCUCUUCAACGAGUGGACCUUACGACCUGUUGGCCCAGAUGGAAGAGUAAAGCUGUGGGUUUACGCCGUGACUGCCGUUGGAUUCAUCUUAAUACUCUUCAUUAUCGCAUUAUCAUUCCUGGUCUGUAAGCCAUCUAAAACCACUAAGACGUCUCCUCCUCCGCAGAAGCCCUUGACCCUGGCCUACGAUGGUGACAUGGAUAUGUAACCGGGCUGCUAUACCUCACAAGGACGUCCAUCAGAUACCGCUGACUGUUGGCCAGUUUGAGCUGGGAGACUCUUUGCUGUAGUGCCAAUCGUAUUGCAAAAAAUGCAGCGGACAAAUCGCGCUGCUCA